AUGGUUCAACAAAACCCCGCACAGGGAGGAUCCCGCAAGAUCUCCUUCAACGUGUCCGAUCAAUAUGAGAUUCAGGAUGUAAUCGGCGAGGGCGCAUACGGUGUCGUCUGCUCCGCCAUUCACAAGCCUUCCGGCCAGAAGGUUGCCAUCAAAAAGAUUACCCCCUUCGACCACUCCAUGUUCUGCCUUCGGACACUGCGCGAGAUGAAGCUGCUGCGCUACUUUAACCAUGAGAACAUCAUCUCCAUUUUGGAUAUCCAACGGCCCCGUAACUACGAGGGCUUCAACGAGGUGUACUUGAUUCAGGAGCUGAUGGAAACCGACAUGCACCGUGUCAUCCGUACGCAAGAUCUGUCAGACGAUCACUGUCAAUACUUUAUCUACCAGACGCUGCGCGCGCUGAAGGCUAUGCAUUCCGCUAACGUGCUGCACCGUGAUCUGAAGCCCUCCAAUCUCCUGCUCAACGCCAACUGCGAUCUGAAAGUUUGUGAUUUCGGUCUGGCCCGCUCCGCCGCCUCUACCGACGACAACUCCGGCUUCAUGACGGAAUAUGUGGCUACUCGCUGGUACCGUGCUCCGGAGAUUAUGUUGACAUUCAAGGAAUACACCAAGGCCAUUGAUGUGUGGAGUGUGGGCUGCAUAUUGGCCGAGAUGCUGAGCGGCAAGCCGCUCUUCCCUGGAAAGGAUUACCACCACCAGCUCACCCUCAUCCUGGACGUCCUCGGCACGCCGACAAUGGAAGACUACUACGGUAUCAAGUCCCGACGAGCACGCGAGUACAUCCGCUCCCUCCCCUUUAAGAAGAAGAUUCCCUUCCGCGCCCUCUUCCCCAAGAGCAACGAUCAGGCCUUGGACCUGCUCGAGAAGCUGCUGGCUUUCAACCCCGCCAAGCGCAUCUCCGUCGAGGACGCCCUGCGCCACCCGUACCUCGAACCAUACCACGACCCGGAAGAUGAGCCCACGGCGCCGCCAAUUCCGGAGGGCUUCUUUGAUUUCGACAAGAACAAGGAUACGCUGAGCAAGGAGCAAUUGAAGUUGUUGAUCUACGAGGAGAUCAUGCGGUAA